GCAGCGCGCUAGCGCUAUAGCGCGUCAGCGGGCACCGUGACCAGGUGACUCGGCACACUAGUACCGGUAGAUCUACAUAAUAAACCAACUGGGUAAUUCGUUUACUAGCUAGAGAAGUUUUGCGUUCCGACUAGAGAAGGAGAAACUUACUUGAAAGCCUUGGUCUUAGCAUUACCGAUACGGUGUGGCAUUGUCACUCCAUUCAAAUCCUCUGCACUAGCGUACAUGUAGUCAACGGGAAAGGUCCGCUGAUUAUUUGAAUGGAAUGGAGUCCGCAAGGAAAAGCAGCUGGAAAGGCAUCGAGUGCAAACCAGCUGCACCGCACAGUCACCGGGCACACAGGUGAAUAAUGAUUAGGUUGGAGUUUGUCACGUUACUCUCAGUUGUGCUCAUGCUAGUCACCAUUGCCAGUCGCGGAGAAUCGUCAACUGUGCUGCCGAACAGCAGUUGUCUUCUGUGGCCACGCAGGGACUAUGCGGACCGAUGUGAAAUGCUGCGGUGCGGCGACAAGAUCUAUGAUCCCCCUUACGUCGACUGCGUCGACCCGGUCCUCGACCAGGAGAUCUACACCGUGUCCAUGAUGCAGCGGCAGCAGCAGUGUGGCACAGCUCAAGUCACUGCGCCUGGUCGGCCUCGGAAUGUCCGAGCAACGCAGCCCAGGCUUUACGGUGGCACUUUCUCAUUCGGCGUCACCUGGGAAGAUCCAGUGGAUUCCAAAUUUCUCGUCGGCUAUCGUAUUGCCCUAUCGCUUAAGAGGGGAACAGCCGUGAAAUAUGAUCUUUCUUUGAAAUCACUUCGGGAAAGUGGUCUGGACAACGGGCGUUACAGAGUGUUUUUCACCACAGACAAGUCACGGCACUCUGAAGCCAGCAUACGAAUUACGCCCAGCUCAUUUGAUGAAUGCUUCAUGGACUACGCCGAAAAGAGAGACUACAGUGUCAAGGUUACAUCACUUCCACUGGCGGGUCCUGAUACACCAGAUUAUGAUAAACAGACUGUUGAGAGUAACAACAUUGAAGUGAACCCAUGCAAGGAGAAAGACUGCCCUACUAUAAUGGUGAACUACAGCAGCGCGGACUGCAGUUCAGAUAAGACUGAAUCACGGUCAUUGUGUGACUGUGGGCCUCUGGAUGCAGAUCUGACCAAAGUAACCGCCAUGUAUCAGACAUUGGAUGAGAGCAAUCGCACUUCAGUCACGUUCACGUUAAAAUGGAACCCCUACACGAGAAGCCAGGGAUGGUACUUCCUUUCGGCGCAUUUCUUGAAUCACUCAAACUGCAAUUUCAAGCAUUUCAUAAGCCGUGAUAGCGAAAAAUUCACGGGGAAAGUACAGUCCAUCACAUUAAAAAACGUCGAUCCCGAAUUCACGGCAUGUGCUGUUGUUUACGUGAAAGCAGAAGGUUUGUGCAAGGUUAGUGGAACAACAACGGGCGAUGGACAAUAUUUACAUGUGACUGAAAGCACCAAACCAAAAGCAAACUCCCUGUCGGUAUCCUCAGCUUCUGCCACACCAGCAGCAUCACCAUCCUCAUCACCACCGCCUGAAGUCGGUACUGCCAAGGAAUCAGGAGUCAAUGCAAGCUUGGUGGCGGGAGUUGUGAUUGCUAUUGCGGGACUAGCUGUUAUGUUAGCCCUGCUGGGAAUGAUUCUGUGUUCGCGUGUCAAGCCAUCUUCAGGGUGGAAAGAGUUUGUGUCCAGGUUGUGGAGCUGGAUAUGGAGAUGUAGACGGCCUGUUCCGCCUGUUCAGCCCUCCAAUAGAACGAGUCAAGUUCCACUAGAUCUGAACAGUGUCAGUGCUUAUCUAAGCUACUCUCGCUUUACCAACACCAGUCGUCAGCAAGCUGUGGAGCUGUCUGCUGCUCUCACGGAACAGGGCAUAGAUGUCGUGUCGGACAUUGACCCCGGUCACCGCCAUAGCAUGGCCGAUAACCGUGAAGCCUGGCUCGAGGAAAAGAUGGGAAGCGUUGACUUUGUCAUUAUGCUGCUGCACGAGACGCAUCCACUGAACCUGUCCAUGACUCAUGAGUUGCGCAAAGCUCAGCUGGCCGUCGACGAGGAUGACAGUUUCAAACUGACAAUGUCGGAGGUGAACAGGAUACAGGGCAUGGAAUUUGUCGGUGAAACUAGAUCAGUUGUUCCAGUGUACUAUGGUUUAGCUGGUGCUUCCAACCAGACCUUGUUGCCUGUGGGUAUGAGAAUGAAGACAGUAUAUCGACUGCCAAAGGAUUUCUCGUUUGACACCACGAACUGCAGGCAGUUUCAGCAUCUGGUGGACAGGCUACACGAGACUACCUCGCCGUUGUCUUCCGUCAUGGCCAUUACAUCUUUGUAGGCUGUGUGUGUGUGUUUGUGCCAGAGUGCACAGAACAGCACACCAGACAACCCCAGGAUGCGCACACCGCACACACGGCUGUGCAUCAGACAAUGCCACGCGGUGCACAGAGUACCAUUAGAUCGGCUUCUCCUGUGCGUAGGUGUUAUGUGAAGAUACCAUAGCAUGGAAUGCAACCCUAUGUGUCUUCUAGCUCACACUGCUUCUGUCAUAUUACUCAUAUCUACCCUACGUUUGAUGCCACCUCCCUCAGCCUUUGUUGAUCUUCCCGGCCAUAUGGCAUAGUUAUCUUGUUUACCGACAAAUUCACUCUCCUUGACUAUUUACCAGAGCGUAACUUUCCUGAUAGAAAAAAUUGAAAAUAGGAAGAUUUGGAUGAAAGUGCUCAUUGCUCAUCAUCAGAGCCACUUUCAACCAUGCUCACUACACGCAGUAUACGGCCGCCUGUGCACGUACAGGCUACGUAUAGCUGACAUCUGCGUACGUGUACUAGUACUUGAUUUCUUGAGGACAUCUAUUCAGUUAUUCCAUCAAUUAUUACAGCAACUCCAGCACUAGUCGAUCGUGUUAAGAACAAUUUUUGAUCAAUAUCUUCCCAUCCAUUGACAAGACUGCAUCUACUAGUUUCUUUGUUUGUAUGAAAUGAAUUUCACGGCCAGCGAGAGUCGAUCAGACCGGAACUUUAGCACGUGUAGCUAUCGUUCGAGCCUUA